AUACAAUGACAUACUUGUCAUUUGCAGUUAGACAUGAAGUAAUUCUCAGCAUUAUAUGUUGCAGUUUUAAGACACAGGUGGCAAAUGGAGUAGUCUUUGUCCAAAAAGCUUUUUUUCUUUUUUCUUUUUGAAGCUCAGCACUCAAAACUUCAUGCCUUUGCUACAGUAGAAGCUGAGUUUAAUCAGGCUUGUCAUGAUCUGGGUUUUUGUCUUCAUUCUCUACGUGUUUUUUCUGUUCCCYUGUGUUUUCUUUUCCCUGCUGUUUUGCCUCCAGCCCCGCCCACGCACACCUGAUUGCUCUCGUGUCUCCCCAGGUGUUUCCUAGUGACUCUUAAGUUGUUUGCUUUAUAUUAUGAGUCUUGUCAUCAGUCUGUGUCGGAUCAUUGUUUACUGUGAGUGUUCUGUGUUAAGUCCUCCUCGUUACUUGUAACUGUACUGUACUCCAGAGAGUUUUUGAGCUGCCUCGGCAUCAUUUUUGUUUUAUAAUAAAUCUUUGUUGCUUUUUUGAACCUCUCCUGCACCCUGGGUCUUUCCUGCCUGAAACCUCACAUAAUGAUCCGACCAAGUGCCCAGCCUACAAGGAGAGGUUUUUCUGGUCUGCCUCUCUAUGAGGCAGAUAUUUUUGUUUCACCACAUGACUGGCUCUGCUUCUCCGGCCUCUGAGGAAACGGUCCCGACCUUGACUCCGUGGAAGGAGCAGAGGAGGCAACCGCUGAUCAGCGGCUCACUGACCAUCCUCCGGUGGUCCCCCACUCCCGCUUGCUGGCAGAUCGAGGAUGUUCUGGUGGGUCGCCCAGAUCUGUUGUUCCUGCCCGGCCAUCGGCAGCUCCUCAGUUUUGUUUGGAGGGUUCUGGCUGAGCAGCUCGUCACCCACCCUCCCUCCCCUUCUGUUGUUCCUGUGCUGGCUGCUGCAGUUGCUGGGGGUCUGCAUCUGUCUCUACUGGAUCUUCUGGGUCUGCUGCUGGGUCUGCCGCUGGGUCAUCUGAGUCUGUUCCUGAGUUGGUGGUCCCAGUUCCUGAGUUGGUGGUCCCGGUGGUUCCAGAGUCGGCGAUCCUUGAGGUUCGUGGGUCGGCUACCGGCCCCUCCACGUCAUUUGGGUCGGUUGCCGUUGCCUCCACGUCGCCCAUCGCCUCCUCAUCGCCUGGGUUGUCGCCAAUCGCCUCUGUCGCCUGCGUUCGCUGGCUCUUCUUCUGCUCCUGCCUCCUCCCUCAGCUCAACAUCUGCUCCUGCCUCCUCCCUCGGCUCUUUGUCUGCUCCCGCCUCCUCC